AUGCCGCUGCGAGUCGAGAGAGUGUCCAGGAAGAGGCUUUGUCUUUUUGUUCUUCAGGCUCGCCGAAAGCGCUCUGGUCGUACGCCUGUGUUGGGGCCACAUAGUGCCGACAUUGCAUUCCAGAGAUUGGCACCCGACUUGCGCAUCGGGUCGCUGGAGCAGCGGACCGCCGCACAGCGGCAGAGAGUGAGGAGACCCAAGAGUUCAUACCUUCAGCGAUUGUACCGGAUACAUUCCCUGAGAAACAUUGCGAGACUCAUCCGGAGCCCGCUUGGUGGAGAUGAUUGGGACUGGGAAAUGUUGGACUCUGACUUUGAGUCAUCAGAAGAUGUGAUGCUUCCUUGUGGGCUUCGGGAGAAUGAGGCAGUCAGCAUGAUGCAUCGAGAGCUGACACCAGAGGAUUAUGAGAAGCUUUGCAAGCUUGAUGAGGCUGUUCCGACCAGGAAUACACUGGAAGAAGGUCACGUUGAUAAUUUGCCAAGACUCUGUGAUUGGGAGAAGUCAGACGGCGAAUGUGGGGUAUGUCUGUCUAACCUCAGCAGUGGCGAUGUGGCCAAGCUCCCGAUUUUGCAGGUUGAGGACGAGCAGGUGAAGGGCAGUUUCAAUUGCAGUGUUUGGAGCUUUGGCUCGAAGAUUUGCUUUAGCAACCUGUCGGUAGCAGCUCGAUUUUGGUGCGCUUUUGAUGCAAUGACGGUUCCAGAUGAUGCCCGGGAACGUGCUACACAAGGGCGGAUGGGACAGUUUAAAGCGACACACUCUCGUGCAGAUGAAGCCGCGAGACUACAUGCUGCUUUGACAAUGCAGCAGAGCGACAAUAGAGCUGAGAGGCUAGAGCACAUGCGACGUGUGGCCAUGGAGGCCCUGUUGGGCAGCAAGUCACAGAACGAUUUGGAAGAGGAGGUCGAGAUCCCAGAUGACGAAGAUGAGGAUGUCGAUGCAUCAGGUGACAUGGACAUGGAUGGAGGCUACAAGCAUGGCAAAAGCAAGAUGCAGAGGCUGCGUCGCUUGCAUCGGACCUUGUUCUUUGCUAGGCAACUGCAAGUACCAGAUUGGAUGCUGGUGCCUCCAGAUGAUUUGGCAGCAUCUUGGCUUGUCCUCGCAAAACCUGAAGGUGAAAGGUGUUUGCUUUUGUCCGAGGGAGGCCGCGUAGAGGUGCGCAAGAAGAAUGGCUACGUUUUGGAGCGCUACACAGACUCGCGACUUGGCCGAGGUCUGACAAUCUUGGAUGUUGUUUGCAUUGAAGGGCCUGCACAGCGGCAACCCAUCUGCGGUACUGCAGCCACUCAAGAAGGCAGCCUGCUAAAGCAAACUAUUUCAAUUCAGCAAACUGCUUCAAUUGAGGAAGCUCCAGCUGAAGACAUGGGGGAAGAUGAAGAAGGAGUCGAGUCUGACGAGGAAAUGGGAGGCCAAGGUGGCAAGAAGGGCAAGGGCAAAGGCCGCCGCAGGAGACCGCAAGGAAACCGCAAAUAUGCCGUUUGCGAUGUUUUGGUUUGGGGAGAUGUCGAUCUUGCUGGGACUGAAGCUGAAUGCCGGCUAUUUUGGCUGGAAUCGCGGUUUCAGGAGAUGCGAGAGAAAGCCCCAAGGCGUGCAAGGCCCUUGCAGCUGGUUCGUGCAAUGCCAGCGACUGCAGAGAGUCUGAAAGAGCUUUACUACGGUGACUUUGGCUAUCCCAAAGACUCUUUACUCUUCUUGCACCGAGAGGGUCGUUACCAGGUGUCAGAACCUGUGACCCCGGUGGCUCGCUUGUGGCGUGAUGCCCACGUGAGCCGCUAUGUGGUAGAUACCCCAGAUGAGAAAGGGGCAGAGUUACCACCAAAACAGUCCGUGGUACUAGAGAUUCGUGGAGGUGGUCGCCUAAGAACAGCGGAUCGGCAUUUGGUUGCCCAGUGCAAUGAGGAUGAGCUGGCCAAGCUGCAAGGUGGACAAAUCAAGCCGAAGGCUUUGGUCCGAUGUGAUGUUCGCAGCAUAGACAUCGUGAACAGACAGAUGCAGGUGGUACCGGUAGCACAUGUGGCAGCAAGAUCUCGAGUUUGGGCUGACUCGUGGGCCCGGAUCGUCUUUCAGCAUUUGCAUCGUGAAGGGCAAGGGUCAAUGUUGUCCUUCGAUUUGCUCUUGCAGUCAGCAAGGUGGUUGAUGAGUCGUGGCCCCCAGCUGCGAUUUGCCAAAGUGGCGUGUCACAAGGCGACUCUAAUUGCUGGCAGUGAGGCUGUGGCUCAAGUGGCUGGCAAAGAAGGGAAAUAUGAGCGCGAACGGAGAGCAAACGCCCUGUAUCGUGCUGACUUGUUGCCUCAGGCCUUGUACAAGGAGUAUGAGAGGUGCUGGGACUCUGUUGAUGAAAGUCUCACAGCUGAUCGGCUGGACAGAAUCCACCAGGUCCUUCAUGGCAAGAAGGAGUUGGCUGAAGAGUUUGAUCAUGAGCUUUCAAGAUGGCUGGUGGACAUGGAGGGUCCCAUCCGGGAAAGCAGCCGCAUGCUGGAGGCCGAAGCACGACUCCUAUUGCGCGAUUUGGUGAGUCGAAAGGCAAAUGUGAACUACAGAGAUCAAGCAACAGGUCGUGUUCCGCUGACCUAUGCCUGCGAAUAUGGAUGGAAAGUGAAGACAGGUGUGAUUGAGGAGAUUGCUUUCCCGAAAGGGUCCUGGGCCAAGUUCUUGUAUUGCUUUUCUGAGAAACGGCAUACUUUUGAGCAGCCUGACCGGCAGCAGGCCAAUGCAGGCCAUUGUGGCUUUGUGGUGUCAUUUCGCCUCACAAGUCACGCCUUCCACUGA